AUGGAAACCGAACGGAUUGACAGCCUCCUGGAGCACUACCUUCAACUCCUACAUGAGUACACUACCCUGCGGGCUGAACUCAGUGGUCUCCAGGCAAGUGUGUAUCAGAACAUUGCACGAGCAAACUUUUGUGCCGAGCGAGGGAUGCGUUAUGGCCAGGACUACUACGAUGACCGCAUGCAAGCUUCCAGAAGGCUAGCGAUCGCUUCUGGUGAUAGUGGUGCACACAAAUUCCACGUGUGCACGGUAGAGCCGGCAUCUCAACCCUCUGGCACCGACGUUAUUGUUUCUGGACCGGAGAGGGGAGACAGCCUUUGUGAGGUUGUCAACGAUGGUGGUGAGUUGCAACAUGGUGAGCAAGAUGCAAAGCCUGUCAAGAAGCAGAAGAAGAAGGAUCCGUUGCAUUGGUUCGGUAUCCUCGCCCCGAUGCCCUUGCGACAAGCCCAAGGGCAGAGCAUCAAGGCAGUAGAGCAGGUCAUACCUAAGCUGGUGGCUAUCAAUGCCGAGAUGGCCGAGGUGGAGAUUGAAGUUCGCAGGGCGCGCAAGAGACGGGUCAAGACUGAAGCGGCGGCACAGAAGCAGCAGGAAAGCGUCACGAACAAGGAGAUCGUGGCAUGA